AUGGAAGGCGGGCCACCCUCGCUUUGGGCGACGCUCGUGGCCGCCUGGAUCGCGAACCUCGGCGCGUGCUGGUCCUGGGGCUGGACGCACGCCUCCGCGGUGCCAGUCUGGGUGCCGCCCCCGCCGCUGGCCUGCUGCGCCGAGGAGGUGUGCCACUGUUCCUGCGACAAGGAGCUGCGGCACAUCAUCGACCUCCAGGCGGAGGUCUGGGCGCUGCGGUGCUUGCUGCUCGCUGGGCUGCUGCUGCUCGGCUUCGCGACCUCGACCGCGGGCUUGCUGGGGUUCCUGGCCAGUGUUUGCCGGCGCUGCGGCUGCGGCGCCCGCGGGCGGGCGCCAGGCGCUGGCGCUUCGGCUGCCGCGCAGGAGCACGUGGAGGCACCUCUGGCGAUAUUGAUGUUGCACGAGAACGAUCCGCACGGCUUCUUUUGGCACCACAGACUGUUGCUCUUCCGGGCGAGCGAGGACAUCUGGAUUUGCCUCACCCCGGACGACGACUUGGUCCGCGUCAAGCUGCUGGACACGCGUCAUGAGGUGCUCGAACGGAGAGCGCCCUUCCCGGCGCACCUGACGAACCAGGUGUACGCCCACGACCCGAUCGGCGGGGCGGCACUCGCUGCCUUCCGGCGUCGAGCGAGGCUGCAGGGUCAGCUGCUCGGCGUCGGCCAGGUGGACGCGAUCGAGCGCAUGAUCUGGGUGGUGGCUGAGCCGCGCUCCGACCGAUUCGGCGAGGUCGUCGACGCGGCGCUCAUGGAUGACGAGGGCCGCGGGACAGGCUUCGACCAGAAGGGCGUGGCGGUCUUGGACGGGGAGGAGUUCUUCGCGCAGAAGAUCGCGGCCAGUGGCCUGACGAGGAGCGUGAAGGAGUUCCUGGACAGCGUGGCCUCGGGACCUGGGAAUAUGACAUCGUACCAGGCCGAGUGGGAACGGCUCAGUGGCGUUGGCGAGGGCGCGGCGGUCAACCACGUGCGCAGGAACCUAUGCGAGACGGAGAUCACAGUGGAGCGCAGCCCGCGCCACCCCGACUACAGCGGCCUGGACGUCGUCAUCUCCGCGCCAGUCAACGCAGUUGGGCGGGCCCCCGCUUCGAAGGUCAACACCUGGGUCACAGAUCGGUUCAAAGAGAGGGCGACGAUCUGGAAGCAGGGGCGCCUCUACCGGGAGGAGCAGAAGCAGAAUGUCGCGUUGCGGGUUGAGGCGUGCGGGGGUUGCCCGACUGACCAUGCAGAGGAGUCGUCCCUCGCAGAGAUCCUCGACUCUAGAGACCACUGCGGCAUGGAGCCCAAGAACUUGGACAGCUUCGACAAGGUCAAGAUCCUGCACAGGAGAGUUCAAGUGCGACCCAUUCGUCGAGAGCUACCACCAGCAGCACUUGGCUACCUCAGGCACGCGAGUGGCCUGAUCGAGAGGGGCGAGGCGGAGCUGGAGAAGGGCCGAGCCGAGGGCCAGGGGUUCUCGCCGCAUUGGGAUCCCGCACAUCGGCGCUCGCGAGACCGGAGGAAGCGGCUGCAUCAGCGUCUGAGCCAGCAGGGCCUGCUGACCCGGCGGCGGCGGCUGAAGGGGCGCGCGGGCAUCUUCGCGGCCAAGAAGAACGAUGGGCCCCAGAGACUUACCAUCGACGCCCGAGCGGGCCACCUCGACGCUGUGGAGCUGGAUAGCAUGGGCUGCCGGCCCGCGACAGUGUGGGAUGACGCCGAGGGGGCCGAGUCCAGGGUCGUGGGCGGCGAGACGCUUUGCCCCUGCGCGACGGCCGCGUGCGCGGGCUGGUCUUGGGCGCUGUACUUCGCCAACGAGGCCGUCACUCACCGAGUGGAGAAGACGCUCGUCGACGGCCCCGGCCAGAUCAUGAGGGAGAUGCAGCCUGCGCCAAUCUUAAAGCCUGGCAAGUGCGCGUCCGGCGCGCAUGUGGAUGACGCGCAAGUGAUCGGAGGCUGCAAGGCUGACGCUGUGAAACAGAUGACGGAAAUUGAGAACGCCUGCCACCGCUUCACUGACGAGACCCUGGAGGUACCGAAGCGGACGUGGCCCUCGGUGAAGUCGGAGAUCCGCUGCGCGAUGAAUCUGCUCUUCUUGAUGGGGGCCGACCUCAGCGCCAAGUUCCGGGACCAGGUCUACUGCGGCGGGGGCCCCUCCACUCGCGGCUACGCUCUGCACGUGGACGAGCGCAUCAACCUGAAGGAGGCGAGGGUGGCCCUCAUGGGUCUGCGGAGACGUCGCCGAUCCGCCAGGCUGCUGGGUUCGAAGCUGCUGACGCUGAGCGACAGCCAGGUCACCGUGAGGGCCUUCGAGAAGGGUCGCUCCAGCGCUGGCCUGCAGGCAUUGUGCAGACGGGCGGCAGCUUGCCGGCUUGGGGGGCAGAUCGCGCGGCGGCUCCGCCACGUCGAGACGGAUCGGAAACCAAGCGACAUCGACCCCCGCCAGUGGGGCCGCGAGCCGAAGGCUGGAGGGCGGGCGCUAUGCAGCCAGGGCGCCGGGCUGCUCCGUGCCGACUGCCAGGUAGCCAACGCCUUCCUCGACGAGAACCCCCUCGUCCAGUUUGGCCAGGACGAGAUCGGCCGCGACGCUGGCGGGCCCACCCGCGCUGGCAGGCAGCGGCCGCCAGGCAAGGGCCGCCCGCGGCUGCCAUCGGCGCCGCGCCGAGUCGGGCCCUUCAAAGCUCCCAGGCGCGACUCGCUGGCCAUGGCGACGGUCGCGGGCGCGACGCUCGAGAAGCACGCGGCAGCCGCGCACGAGUUCAAGGUCUACGCCAGGGCCAAGAGGCUCGACCUGCAGCCUCUCAGCCGCCUGGACGACAGCCUCGCGACGGGCAAGGUGGACCUGCCGAUGGCGCUGGCCUCGCUCAAAGGGUGGGCGAAACGGUCGCCAGGCCACAUGCGCCUGCCCUUGCCCGACAUCAUCGUGGGCGAUAUCGCGCUGGACUUGGCGGAGCACGAUCCGCCGCUGAUGGGCGCAGCCGUGUCGCUGGAGACGGGCGCUCACGCCCGGCCCUCGGAGGUGGUCGAGCUUCGCCAGGGCCAGAUCCUGCCGCAAGCUCUGGCCGCGAAGCUCGGCGCGCACUAUGGCAUCGCCAUCGCGCCCUCGGAGUGGUGCGAGGUCGCGAAGACGGGGGGGCUGGGCGACAACCUGCUGGUCGGCGACGUGGUGCGCCCCUGGCUGACGAACGCCCCGCGGGUCCUCCACCAGCCCAAGGCCGCUGACUCCCAGAGGCUCUUCGACUUCAUGUUGCCGGAGUACGAGCGGGAGAUCAGGAAGGCGGGUUGCUCGUCACUCGGGGCGCGCCCGCGCGUCUGCAGGCGCUCAGGGGCCUCGAACGACAAGGCGCGCGGAAGACGGACUCUGAAAGAUAUCCAGAAGCGCGGCCGAUGGACCUCGCCCGCGUCGGUGGCCCGCCGCGAGAAAGGCGCCCUCAUCUCGCGGCAGCUGCGGAAGGCGCCCCAGCAGAAGCAGAAGCUGGCAGCCGUCUCGGGGUGCAAUUGUUCUUGCGCGACCUGCGAGUACAAGGCGGCCAAGCAGAUCGCCUCCGCCUCGCUCAACGCCUGCAGCUCGGCCUGCUGUUGGAGCCGCCUGAG